UUCUCAAAUCCACUAAUCAAUCCUAAGGGACUGUGCUUGAGAGUUGUAGGAGUUGGUGAUAGUAAAUCUUUGGUGGUGUCAGAUGAUUUAUUGCAUAAGGGGUUGGAUGAUAGCUUUUUGUUAGAACUUUGCCGGGUCAAGAGUUCUGGCGAAUCUUUAUCAAAACUUCGUGAUUUUGGGGAAUGCCGGGCAUUUGUGCAUCCGGAGUCAAACGGAAAGAUUCUAGAGAUUGCAUCUCAACUUGGUAGAAAAACAGGUUUGGUGUUUGUAGAUUGCUCUGCUAGCUCUGACACUGUAGCGGUGCUAAAGCAAGCUAUUGAUAUGGGAUGUUGUGCUGUUUUGGCAAAUAAGAAGCCUCUUACAUCUACAAUGUCAAGAAAGGGUUACUACGAUGUCAUUUGCCACCGCAUUCGCCCUUGUGCUGAUUCUCAAGUGCGAGGUUCGGUGAGCCUUGACAAAGAGGCUUUGGGAUUCUCUAGUGAGGAGAGGGUGGUGCGUGGACGUCAAGAGCAAAGCAAUAAUGAGGAGAGUUUGGGCAUGUGGAGGAGAAUCUUUGUCGGGAUCGACAGGGUUGGUCAUCACUUGGGAAGGUGCUCCAAAUCUAGUGGUUACUGA